AGAAAGAAAGGCCAGGGUGUAUGGGAUGGGACUGGGGACCAGGAACUCAUGGGGUGGAAAGGGGUGGUGGGGGCCCGAGGCAGAUCUGAGGGCCCCAGGGGCAAGUCAGAGCCCCUUGAAGGCUGGGAGCUUUGAUGGGCAGAGUACAACCCCAAAGCAAGAGACGUCGUGAGGCAGGGGGUCAAAGGGGCUCAGAAACCCAGCAGCCAGGGUGGCUUUGAGCCAAGGGCCGGAAGGAGGCCACGAUGCGCUUGCAUGGUGGCCCUAGUGAUCAGAGAAGGGACCUCCAGCUGGUCCCAGCCCCAGGAUUGGCCCUGUGUCCCCACCAACCUCACCUUGCCCUCCUCUCCUCUAUCCAGACCCUCCGGCACCCGACAUGAGCCUUUGUGGGCCCUUCAACCUGAGCCUGGCCGGCGAGGCGACCACGUGCACCGCGCCUGGGGUCCUGAACGCGUCGGCCGCGCCGCCGUCGGGCGGUCCGGGAGGGUCGCCCGCGCUGCCCAUCUUCUCCAUGACGCUGGGCGCCGUGUCCAACGUCCUGGCGCUGGCCCUGCUGGCGCAGGCCGCGGGCCGUCUGCGGCGCCGCCGUUCGGCCGCCACCUUCCUGCUCUUCGUGGCCCGCCUGCUGGCCACCCCCCCACACGCUCCCCAUUCACAGCAGCUCUCCCGGCAGGUGUUGGUGGUGCUGGCCGUCGGGGGCUGGAGCUCCAGCUCCCUACAGCGGCCUCUGUUUCUGGCCGUGCGCCUUGCCUCCUGGAACCAGAUCCUGGACCCCUGGGUGUACAUCCUGCUGCGCCAGGCCGUGCUGCGCCAACUCCUUCGCCUCCUGCCCCCGAGAGCCAGCGUCAAGGGCGGCCCCGGGGGAAUGAGCCUAACCCGCAGCGCCUGGGAGGUCAGCUCGCUGCGCAGCUCCCGGCACAGCGGUCUUAGCCAUUUCUAAGCACUCCCAGAAACCCAAUGGCUGAGCCAGCCCACCCCGGGCCGGAUCCAGGUGCGCGGUGCAGAGCCUUGGGAAAUAAAGCCACGUAGCGAGUCUAGGGCGGUGUGUCCCGUCGAGGCUGCAGCACCUACUAUGGCCGUGCAGGAGCGGCAGAAGGCCUCCAGGCGAGUGCAGUUCUACGACUGGCCACGUGAGGGCGCAGAGACACCGGACGCUCGGUCAGCAAGUAGCGGCCGAUUCCGCCCAGCACCAGCCACUUGCGCAUGCGCGCAGCGCCCUGGCCACAGUCCUGGACUUAGGGUUCAUUAAAGCGAGCAUUUGGGGUGCGCUUCCCACCUCUGCAACCGUCGGG